AUGAAACGUCAUAUCGCCAUCAAUGGAGACUCAGAUCUUGAUGCAGACGACGAGAAGGAGGCUGAUCCGCUAGACAUCUCUGACUUCUUGGACCCCUCGGAUUUGGAGCCGGAACCCAUUCCCAUGGAUUUAUCCGAAGCAAUUCACCACGAAGACUUGCAGCGCUUCCAAGACUGGGAAGAGCAGGUUGAUGAGGAGGAGUACGACGACACCUACAACGAGAUCAUAAUUGAAGACGGGUGUGUGAUAUGGAAGGUAUGGAAGGAGGAUGCUGGAGCUGAAGAUGAACCCCUUACUUCGGCCACGUUCAGAGCAAACGAAAAGGCAUCCGAAUACGAAAAGCAGCAGCAUGAACGGACGGAGAAGUUUGAGAAUUUGUGCCAUUGA